UCCAGGCAGGCUGGAGAGCUAAGGCCACCGGUAGUGGGGAGUUGGAUCACAGUGAGACAAGGACCCUACAGGGCAGGUUGUCGGGGCCCAAUAUGGAGGAAACAGCUGGGCCCCCUGCCCGGGCUGAGGCCCGAGUGGUCAGUGCCACAUUGACUUGGCGGCAGCGGCCUCCAGCCCAGGAAGAGACCAGACAUCGUUUUCACAAGGUGUCCCUGGUGUCAGGCUCCCAGACAGAUGCUUCCCAGGAGGUGUUAGAACACAGCUUCCGGCGAGAAGAGAUCAAUGGCUUUGCUACUCAAGAGGAAGAGACAAUGAAUUACCAGGGCCCUCGGGACGAGGCUGGCUCCUUGCACUUCCAGAGUCACGGGCCUAUCUUUUCCAAGAAGUACACACUGCCCCCCAAGGACAAAAGGCCAGUGGGGAGGUUGAAGGAAGCCAGGGACUGGAGCAAUAGCAGCCUCCAGGCUCCCAGGAAUGAGUCAGUAGGCCCAGGAGCCAUGGCUAGGACGGAGCUGUUGGUGCCUCUUCCUGGGCCCCGGGAGCCCAGCCCUCACCCAGGCGUAGGAAUCACAAGUGGGAGCCCCCGAAACCACGAGGAAUGGCGAGUGACACGCACAGUGCGGACCACCACCAUCAUAGGAGGUCAUGUGGAUCAUCGCAGCUCUGUGACCGUGGGGCCCACGCUGCCCGGUGAGGCCCUGUCAAGAGGCCGCAAUGUGACCCGCACGGUUCGGGCAGUGGUGGUGAGCCCUGGAACGGAGGGCUCACCCAGCCGCCGCCAGGCCCUGGAGCUGCUCAGCAGCCUUGUGCCUGCUGAGCGCAACCCCCCUGCCAGCCGCAUCCCCAGGCCCACCAGUGGAGCACCACGGAGCUCCGCCCUGGGUGGCACUGUGGGCACAGGCCUGGGGCAGCUGCCUGAGGCCAGGACAGCAGAGCCAAAGGACAGUUCAACCCUGACCCCUGCCAGUAUCCCAGGGGGUGCUCACCCAUCUCCAAACCAGGACAUCCCUUCAGUGGGCCCAGCCCAUGACAAUGACCUGGAUGCCAGGGUCAAUGAGCCCCCAAGGAGACAGGGAGCCUUCAACCCCACCUUGCCUUCUCUCCAGACCCAAACAUCAGCACCCUCUCCACCCAGACCCAAGACUCAUGCGCCCUCCUUGGACCUGGCCCAUCCCCCAGAGCAGCCUGUGCUACCCACCCACCCCAGGACCCAGCCCACCCCCCAUGCCCUGCCUGAGGUAAAAAGAGACAGAUUGAGCAAUAGCCCUGCUGCCCCCACCCUGCCCAGGGUGAGCCAGGUACUUACAGAGUCUGUACAAGCUCCUGCGCCAUCUUCUCUAAAGAAAAACACUGUGCCUAGCCCAGGAGCCCUUUCUGUUCCCAGCUCCUCCAUGAGCAAAUCUGUUCAGGACUCGGAACAUGGGCCUGUUGCUGGCCUUCCUCAGAAAGAGGCACUUCAGGGCCCUGUUCCUGCUGCACCGCUCCUUACCCAGAAAGAGGCUUUGCAGGGCCCUGAUGCUCCUGCUGCCCCGUGCUCCAAGCCAGCUGAGGUCAUCCAGGUCCCUGAAGACAGCCCUGUCCCUUCCCUUCCCCAGGAAGAGACUGGGCAAAGCCCAGCUGUCCCUGUUCCCCUGUCCCCCAAACAGAAUGAAGCUGUCCAGGGUUCUGAAGGGAGCCCUUCCUCUUCUUCCGCCCCAGAAGAGGGGGUCCAGAGCCAUGCCGUUCCAUUCACCCCAUCUUCCUCCAUGGAGGAGGUGUUCCCUAGCCCAGAUGGCCUGCCUGUCCCAGCACCAAUGGGAGCAGAGGUCAGCCUGGAGUCGCAGAUUGUCCCCAGCCCAAGUGAAGAUCAGGUGCUCCCAGAGCCAUCGAGGGAGGAGGAUGAGGUGGCCCUGGCUGCUGACCUGGAGAUUUUUCUGGAUACCCUGAGGAGCAUGGAGCCCCCUGAGAUCCUCCGCACGCACCGGCUGCCCCGACCCCCCCGCUCCUCCUACCUGGCCAUGUACGCUACAUUGCCUGCCAUCGAAGAGGACCAGCCUGGGCCGUGGGUACUGGGACCAGGUCCCCAGGAGGUGCCCUUGCUGGAAGAGGAGGAGGAGGAGGAAGAGGAGCCAGAAAACCCCUACCUGAGUGAUGAUGAGAAACUCCAGCGUAGGCAGGAGAAAGCAGAUCCCAGCGCUUCCAAGGACCCCCGUCCUGCCAAACCUGCCCAGAUCUCUUGCUCACCUCUGGACAUGAUGAAAAAACAUGUAGCCGGCACCAAAGGCCCCCAAGCAGAGCCAGGGCUGGAACUACAAGCCAACAACCGUCCUUCCUCCCGUCUGGGAGGCAGCCUUCUCUUUGGCAAUAUGAUGUCAGCCACCAAGGAGGCCCCUACCCUUGAGCCACUGGGUGCCAAAUUAUCUGCUAUGCCACCUCCUGGGGCACCGGGGCUUAGGAAGGGGCCAGGACACUUGUCCCUGCUUUGUAGCAGAAGGCCACCACCAGAGAAGCCAGCCCAGACCCAGCCCCCAGAGCGAUGGAGCCCAGCCUUGAAGAUCCAGGGCAAGCUGAACACCAGGCCCGGAAAGCUGAUCCUCUUCUCCGAGCCUGGGUGCCAGGGCCACAGCAGGGAGAUCUGGGGAGACACGGCUGAUGCCUCAGCCUGGGCCCACAUUGCUUCCAUAAGGGUGGUUCGAGGCUGCUGGAUGCUGUACGAACAACCAGAGUUCCGGGGCCGGAAGCUGGUCCUGCCUGAAGGUGAUGUGGAGCUCAGAGCCCCAGUCUGGGCCAGCCAAGGCAUCGGCUCCCUGAGGCGGAUCGUCCAGGACUACUGCACCCCAGAGAUCAGCUUGUUCUCUGAGGUGGGCCUCACUGGGGAGCAAGUGAAAUUCACAGAAGCCUUGAAGGAUUCACAGAGCCUGGAGAACCCCCUGAAGGUGACCUCUGCCAUUGUCUCCGCUGGACUGUGGCUGCUAUACCCUAAACCAUUCUUUGAAGAUGCUCCCUACAUCCUGGAGCCUGGAGAGUACCCCACCUUGGAAGCCUGGGGCACAUCGGACUCCAGGGUGGGCUCCCUAAAGCCUAUGAAAUUGGGUUGUCCAAGUGUGGAGAAGCCUGGGGAGCCCAAGGCUGUGGUGUAUGAAGCCCCAGGUUUUCAGGGCCGGAGCUGGGAAGUAAGCAGAGACAUCUACAACCUUCAACAGCCAGAGGACAGCCAGAGCCCCAAUCUGGCCUCUGUGGGGUCCCUACGAAUUCUUGGGGGCUGCUGGGUGGGGUACGAGAAGGAGGGCUUCCGGGGCCACCAGUACCUGCUGGAGGAGGGUGAAUAUGCCGACUGGUCACAGUGGGGUGGCUAUGAUGAGCUGCUGACCUCCCUGCGGGUCAUCCGGACGGACUUCGGGGACCCGGCCGUGGUGCUGUUUGAGGCCAUGGACUUCGAGGGGCGCGGCGUGGAGGUGAGCUCCUCACUGCCCGACGUGGAGCUCGUAGGGCACGGGCCACGCACACAGGCCAUCCACGUGCUCAGCGGCGUGUGGGUGGCCUACGAGCAGGUGGGCUUCUCCGGGGAGCAGUACGUGCUGGAGAAGGGCGUGUACCGCAACUGUGAUGACUGGGGCUCGGGCAACAGCGCCCUCGCCUCGCUGCAGCCAGUCUUGCAGGUUGGGGAGCAUGACCUGCACUUUGUCUCAAAGAUUCAACUUUUCUCCGGGCCCGACUUCUUGGGCGAUCACAUCUCCUUCGAGGAUGACCAGGCUUCUCUGCCUCCCUCCUUCCAACCCCAGUCCUGUCGUGUGCAUGGUGCCAGCUGGAUCCUGUUUGAUGAGCCGAAUUUCGAGGGAGAACAGCACAUUGUCUCUGAGGGCGAGUUCCCCACUCUCACUGCCAUGGGCUGCCUGGCCUCCACAGCUCUGGGCUCUCUCCGGAAAGUCCCUUUGCACUUUUCAGAGCCUGCCAUUUUCCUGUAUGGCCUGGAGUGCUUUGAAGGGAAGGAGAUCGAGCUCCGAGGGGAAGUGCGGAGUCUGCAGGCCGAGGGCUUCAACAACCACGUGCUGUCCGUGCGGAUCAAGGGGGGCGUCUGGGUACUGUGUGAGCACAGUGACUUCCGGGGCCGCCAGUGGCUGGUGGGCAGCUGUGAGAUCACCAACUGGCUGACGUACAGUGGCACACAAAGGGUGGGCUCCCUCUACCCCAUCAAGCAGCGCCGAGCCUACUUCCGUCUGUGGAAUUCAGCCCUGGGGGGAUUCCUGGCAGUGCCAGACCGUGUGGAGGACAUGAAGGCUGGCCGUGUGGUUGUGUCUGGGCCCCAAGCCAGGGGCAGCUGCAUCUGGUUCUAUGAGGACGGGCUGCUGAAGAACCAGGUGGCCCCUACCAUGAGUCUGCAGGUGAUUGGACCUCCCAGCCCAGGCUCCAAGGUGGUGCUGUGGGCAGAGAGCCGCCUGCCACGCCAGACAUGGAGCAUCGACGAAUUGGGCCACAUCUGCAGCCAGAUGUUUGAAGGCCAGAUCCUGGAUGUGAAGGGUGGCCGAGGCUAUGAUCGGGAUCACGUGGUGCUGUGGGAGCUGGACAAGGACAGAGCAUCCCAGAUCUGGACCAUCCAUGUACUUUGA